GCCGCAUUUUCACCGCAACCCGCGUACGCCCUGCACCACUUUCUAUUUCUUCGUUGCUGACCAGAUGUAACCAUUCGCCCAUAGACCCUUCAAUAUGGUGUCUCUUGCUUCAACUGAGAGAGCUCCUGGCAUCAUUGCCCCCAGCGCAGGCGGCAGCCUCAAGCGCAAGCAGUUCGACGCAAACUCCGACAAUGAGAACCUGCUCUCGAGUCAGACCAAACGCCGCCGAGUCACCUUCGACCCCGAGGUCGAUGUGCGCAUACUAAGAGAUCCGAACGAGAAGAGCUUGGAGCUGGUCGGCGAGGAGGUGCGACGCGCCCUCGAGAAGCACACAGCUGGCGAUAGCACCGGCUACGACCACAUACGGAGCCUCCUCACAGACAAACCUACCUCCGCCGGCGCACCUCUCACGGGCCUACUUCAGAAGUACAUCAUCACUCUCGCCAACAAUGUGCCGCUCCUCGAUCACAGGUGCAGGGGCCUCGUCCAUGCCAUCAUCGACUGCAGCUGGAUAGCGCGAAACGAGCAAUUCGUGCGCUCCUACCGACAUCUACUACGCUCAUUACUAUCGGUACAGCCUGGCUUCACUUCGACUGUGCUCUCCAUGCUGGUGAACAUGUUUGUGGAGUCGCCGUCGCCGGCCAUGAGGCAGCAAGACGACCCCAGCAUUCAGCGGGUGCGGAUCCACUCUCGGAUCCACGACUGUCUCAGCUAUCUUCUCCGACAGAGCCCCAUGGCAAGCACCUACCUCGGGCCCAUCCUGUCCUCGACGUUCCCAUUCCCGACCGAUACCGCGAAAGCCCACGUACAAUACAUCAAGAAUAUUCUAAAAGUAUCCGAGUACUGCCCGGAGCUCAAGGGCGAGAUCAUGUCACUGGUCGUGGAUAAGCUCGUCAAGAUCGAUGUACAAAUUCAGGUCGACAUGGAAGAGCUCGAAGACGAUAUCGAGGAUCGCCUGGUCGGAGAAGCCGCUGGCGACCUCGACGGGGCAGAUGAUAGCGACAACGAAUCCGUUUCAAGUGAGGAGAGCUUAGAUCCAGAGGAACAGCGCCUCAAGGAUCUAAAAGAGUCCGUCACCAAGCUAGACAGCAUCAUGGACCUCCUCUUCUCGCACUACGACUCUGUCUUUGCGGGAGGCGAUCUCUUCGACAUAGACGAGACUUUCGAAAGUCUUCUCUCCCAAUUCGCAAGCAUCAUCCUACCAACAUAUCGGUCGCGGCAUACGCAAUUUCUGCUCUUCCACUUCAGCCAAACCUCUCCGAACCUCAUAGAGCGCUUCGCCGGCUGCUGCUCCCAUCUUGCUUUCGACCAUGGUCGACCGCACAUUCUUCGUGUUGCGGCAGCCGCCUACCUUGCGUCAUUCAUUGCUCGCGGAGCUCACGUCUCCGCAGCUGUAGUCCGCGACGUCUUCGAUCUUCUUUGUCACCACCUGGAAACCCUUCGAUUGGCCUGUGAGCCUGCCUGUAAAGGACCAGAUGUGCGCCGCUACGGCACAUACUACGCCAUUUCGCAAGCCCUCCUCUACACCUUCUGCUUCCGCUGGCGCGACCUGAUCGUCACUGCCGACGGCAUCCCUCCAACAGACGAAGAGAUCAUCUAUCACGAAGGCGAAUUCACGUGGCACAAUUCCGUCCACGACAUCAUCCGCCGCAACAUCUUCUCCAUCUUCAACCCUCUCAAGGUCUGUGCACCCACCAUUGUUGCCCAGUUCGCACGCAUGGCGCACCACCUCCGCUUCCUCUACGUGUUCCCCCUUCUUGAGACCAACAAGCGGAUAAGGCUUGCGAGGAGUGUGGGCUCGUACACAGACGGUGUAGGUGCAAGGGAGACAGCGCUUACGAUGAAGAAGGGUGAGGAAACCUUUCUGCUGGAUGCAUACUUCCCCUUUGAUCCGUAUGUCCUUCCGAGGAGUAAGCGGUGGCUAGAGCAGGAUUAUAUGCAGUGGAAACCGGUCCCAGGCAUGCCGGUUGAGAGAAAUGAGGAAGAUGAAGACGGUGAGGAGAGUGAGGAUGAGAGCGGCGACGAAAGUGACUCGCAAGGUCGGAUACAGGAGGAAGACGAAGAUGAAGAUGGACCCGAUGAUGAAACGAGCACGAACGCGAGCUCUUAAUCAAGGGUUUGGAGUAUCAUUUUAUCAAUAGCAUUGCUCGGCGUUGGCAUAAGGGGAAGUAGGCAAUGCAUCUACUAGGCGUGGAGCCACUCGGCGUCCAGGACAAUAUUGAGUUCAUGUUUUGGCCUGGCCAGGUAUGGCUUUCGAUCUUUGGGAGGUACGGUCGGGAUAUGGAUAUUCAGGAUACGAUAACUGGAUCAGAUAAAAAAGUU